CGUUUUAAUUUUUUUUAGAUCUUUGUGGUUACAGAACUUUACUGGUAUGUCAAAAAUGAGAAACAAUAUUCAGUGCUUGGUGUUUAUAGUUUCACUAUCCACACUAACUCGUGCUAAAAAUGAUGCUCCGUUUACUUGGUACAGUACUAUUGGUGAAAUGAAUAACUUGACUGCAUUGGAGAACAAAUUACUAAUGAAGCUGGAAACAAAAAUAUGGGAAGGAAAAGAAAGAAUACAUGAGGUACAAAAGAAGUUACAACUCUUGCGUGAAUCUAGAGAAGAAAUGUUAAAAUGGAACGACAAAAAUUCUCAACGAACCCUAAUCAUUGAUUACCAAAAAUCUUGGCCAGAAUUCGAUAGAAAAUUAAUUCCUUUCAUUGAUGAAGUAUUUCAUUUGGAAGCGUUACAGACGAUCCGCAAUUUUCCAAGUGUUUCGGACAUGGAAGCUGUUUCACUUUCCUUGCUACUUUUACAAAAAUCAUACAAUUUGAAUGCAACUGAUAUUUCUGAGGGGUAUAUUUCAGGAAAUCGUGCAGGUAAACGUUUAAGAUUUGAGGCAUGUGGAUAUCUUGCUUUAAAAUCUUGCGAAAGAACAUGGGAGAGUCUUUGCCGAGAUUGGGUCCAUGUAUCUUUGCGGCGUCUUGAAUCUGGUGAAACCGCAGAGGAUAUCACUAAGGAAGUCUUAGAAAGUUUAGUUGAAACAAUAUCGGAAAAGGAAGAGUUCAAAAAAAUUUGUGCUGGACAAGGAACAAUGCAGUCACACAAACGCCAACGAGAAAAUCUAUAUUGUCAGAUGUGGGACAAUUAUAAACAUCCCUGGUUGAUUCUGCAGCCAGUACGUAUGGAAAUUCACUCGAUAUCACCUGAUGUUGUUCAAUUUUACGACAUAAUUUCAGAAGAAAACAUUGAACUUCUCAAAUCUCUCUCUAUGCACCAAUUAGCAUCUGCUAAGACGAUGGCUCUUGAAACAAAAAUUGAUGUUGACAGUCAUCGAGUAGCUCACCACUGUUGGUUAUCAAAAAGGAACAACACCAUUCUUGAAUACCUCGACGUAUUGGUCUCAGCAAUCACUGGGUUACAAGUUUCAAAAUCAGCUGAACAGCUUCAAGUUGCAAACUAUGGUAUUGGAGGACAUUAUGAUCCACACACAGAUUACUUGGAUUACUCUGCUGAAAGAGAACUCAAAUCAAGGAAUCGCAAAGCUACAUUUAUGUUCUAUUUAUCGGAUGUUGCAAAGGGAGGAGCAACCGCUUUUCUUUAUCCAGGAAUUAGAGUCCACCCGGUUAAAAGAAGUGCUGUUUUCUGGAACAAUCUCCUCCCGUCUGGCCAUCCAGAUAAUAGAACAACCCAUGGAAGUUGCCCUGUUCUACUUGGAGACAAGUGGGUAGCUAAUAAAUGGAUAAGAGAGACAAGGAAUGAAGUAUGUAAAACGACAGAGUAUAUCGGAAGAUUGCAUUAAAAUUUGAUGGUUUUCAUGUUGCGGGGUUGAUCAUCAGAUUGUGAUCAACCAUUGUUGAUUAGCGAAAAAGAUUUUUGAAAUUUAGAAAGUGCUGGGAAAUAUGGACUUCCCAAAAAAUUGAUAAUUAUAUGAGUUGAAGAUUAAUUCUGUCGAGCCAUUACUGCCAUUUCAAACAGGACUUUUAUGCUAUGAAAAACGAUCUCGAAUAACAGAAAAGUUUAAUGAUAUGUGAACAUUUUGAAGCUGCAUAAUUUGAAUGUUUUUUUAUUAAUAAAAAAAUGAUCAGUUA